UGCGCUGUUGGAACGUCAGGGGUUCAAAUCCAGGACUGGGCCACACGAUUAUUAAAAAUAAGCAACCCCCGCUAAUCUAAAUCCACCAUUGUCUCUGGGCGACAGAGAAAUAAUAGCGCUUUGUUCUUCCAUGUAGCGUUUUCCACACUCUCUCUCGGCCCAUUCCAUAUCUCUCUUCCUCUCGCGCUAGGUCGAAAAUUUCUCCUUUUUUUAUUGUUAGCCUUUGCCGAAUCGAGGGACCCUUUUUUUCGACUUGGGCUUUUAAGGAUUAAGCGCUGGCUAUGGUUGCCAAGGGUCUCAGGGAUUUAGCGAAUAGCUUCAGUGCUUACCACAGGCGAAUGUAAAAAACCCAUUAACUGCUAUGGCGGAAUCCACCCCUUCUCCACAGAAACGAGGCGAAGUCGAUACUUCCAAGCCUUACACCGAUGUGAAAGAGGCCAUUCAUCGGUUUGACCAUCUUCCUGGAGUAAAAAACUCGGCAGAGAAGCGUGCGUAUGAAAGUCCCAUUGGAGCUUUGAAGGAGCAGCUGGUGGAAGCCAUGGCGGCCAAGGAUAAGAUGGAAUUGGAUAAGCGCGAGGUGGAGCAAGAGCUCGCGAAGCUCAAGGAGAGCUACGAGCAACUUAGCAAGAAGCUGGAGAUGGCAUUGUCAAUCCCAGAAUCCAUGGGAAGUGAGGAGCGAGAAGAUCUCCAGAAGCUCUACGAGAGGACGACGCAAGAUCUGGAAGCCUCGCGGGAGAGGAUCCAAGAUCUGGAAGAUCAUAAAGUUGGCGAGAGCAGCAAGACGAUUGAAUCGCUGAGCAUGGAGCUGGAAGCGGCCAGGGAUCGCGAGAAGAGUUCCAUGGCCAAGGCGGGAGAUCUAAGCACUGAGGUGGAGAGGCUAACGUCACAGGUGGGAGAGCUCGCAGAGGAGCUGAGGAUCGCGAAGGAGGAGCUGGAUCGAUUGAGGAGCUCCGAGUCGAGAGCUAUGGCGGAGGUGGGGGACGCGGCGGCAGAGAUCAGCCGGGUGGAGGCAGCGAUCAAAGCGGUGGAGGAUGAGAAGAUCACGCUCCAGGCGACGACGCGCUACCUGGAGACGGAGCUGGAGAGCACCAAGCUGGAGCACGAGUCCCUCCAGAGAGAUCGAGGAGAGGGAGAAGAAGAGAAUCCGGCUGUGGCGAUCGAGAAGAUCAAGGCUAAGAUCGAGGCGGUGUCGAGCUUGGAAUCCAAGGCGAUGGCGAGCGCGGCGGGGAUGCUGGAGGGCUACGAGCUCGUGUCGGCUGAAGCCAUCGAGGCGGAGGUCGUUAGGGCUGGAGUGAGCGAGGAGGUGGCGAGGAUGAGGAACGAGGCCUGGGAGCUCAAGCUCGCGACCAUGGCGAGCGAGAAGCGCGUGGAAGAUCUUACGCAGGAGGCGCUGGCGGCCAAGGAAUCCGAGGCCCGCGCCAUGAAGUCGAUCCGGCAGGACGACGAUCGUGCCGAAUCGAAGGAAUCGAUGCUCGAGGAGGAGACGGCUGGGAGAUUGCGCGAGGCGAGCGCCGAGGAAGCGAGCGCGCGGGCGCGAGAGGAGGAGCUCAAGAGGAGCUUGGAGACGGCGAGGGCGGAGAUCGAGGAGACGCGGGUGGAUCUCAAGCAGGCGAACGAGAAGGCCGCCAUCGCCGAGGCGGCCAAGUCGGCGGUGGAGGGCGAGCUCCGGCGAUGGCGGUCAGAGAACGAGCAGCGCAGGAGGAUGGCGAUGGUGGCCAAUCUCACCGCCGCUACGCCGGUUCCACAGCGCAAUGGCGAUGCUUCUCCAGCUACGAUCUUGGCGUCGAGCGUCUCGAUCGCUCAUCCGGAGGCCAAGAAUGACGGGAAUGGGAGGAGAUUCUCGUCGAGCUCUCGCGAGAUUGCACGGUCGGCAACGAUCGAGGAGGGGCGGCGAUCGUCCGGGGAAUCGCUCGCUCAGGUGCUCCAGAUCAAAUUGCCCGACGCUAGUGGGGUCAGAUCGAAAAAUCUGGAGCAAAUCGUGGUGGAGAGCGCGGAAAUCAAGAAGAAGAAGCUCAGGCUCCUCGCCCGACUGGGGGCCAUCUUUACCGCGCGAAAGAAGCACACUUGACCUAGAAUUCAAACGUUUAAAAUCUAAUUUGAUUUUGUCCA